CUGGGGAGUUGGGCGGGGGGCUUCGUGGAGGAUCUGACAUUCGUCUGGACCUGAAGGUGUGAGUGAGGUUUGGCUUUGUGGUCCAGGGUUGGGUAGGGAGCAGAUCAGCGGCCCUGCCAGAGGGCACGUUGCAGGCACAGGAUGCUGGUGGGGAAGGCAGGGACUUGUGAACACACGGGGAGCAGUGAGUGUUCAUUUUCCUUUCGUCGAGGACAGGAUCUGUGAGCUGGGAGGGUUCCCUGACGAUCAGAGCUGUGUUUCCCAGCCUUGGGAGCCAUGGGGAAGGUAGUUGGCAGAGGGGAGAAAGUCGAACAAGGAGGUCAGUUAGAUGCUUAUUGCCAUGUCGUGGCUCCAGGGUGGGAAGUUGCUGAAAAGGAACCAGACCCCAGAUUGUUCUCUGGCCACCACCACUGCCAGGGGUGCUCAGGGACACACAGUGUGGCUCCCAGCCAGUUCACCCUCCUUCUCGUAAGUGACCCUUCCCAGACCCCAGUGUGGUCCACUGUACGGGGGCCACAAGGUCUCCCUUAGCCUGGUUUGCAGUCACGCUUGAGGUCUACACGCCUGACUCAGGCCGGGACUCCCUUUCCCGUCCCCACUUAGAAGAAGGGCAAACCAGGGAGAAAGAAGAAGGAAGAUGUUUGGGGGCUUCAGUUACGGCAGAUCCCCUCCAGCCGCUGCCCAGUUACCGCGUCACCACUCAGGCGUCCAGCGACGUCUCCCACCCAACACGUCCUAAAGGGAGCUGCUGACCUCACUCCCAUCUGCUGUCCGCACGGCCUCCACCACGACCGCUCUGUCCUGUUGCUCAGGCCAGGCCCCUUCGAGACAUCCUCGGCCCUUCUGUGUCUCAUAUCUCGUGUGCAGUCCUUUAGGGGAGUCCUGAGGCCCGGGAUGAAACGGCAUCUGUCUGGUCCAGACCAUCUGGGUCCCCUGACACUCACCUCCCGGCGGCGUCUUUCCUUGGCCGCCUUGGUCUGUCCUACACUCAGCAGUUAGAGUCAUUGUCUGGACGCAUGAGUUAGAGCUCGUCACUUCCCUGCCCAGAGCCCUGCAUGGCUCCCGGCUGUCACUCAGGGCAAAGGCCAGAGCCCUGACACUGGCCUUCAAGUUCCCGCAUCGUAUCGCCUUCACCCCACCCCUGUGUCCCCACUGGUCCCUCUCCAUCCCCACCCUCGCUGGUGUCUGUCCUCCCUCAGGCCCAUCAGGCAUGCUCCUGACUCCUGUCUCAUUCUGGUGUCUGGAAUACUCUUCUCCCCACCCCUGCUGACACCUUGACCUCAGGAGGGCAGGAAUCUGUUUGCAUUUGAUGUCCCGGAGAUUAUCCCUGGUUUAGGGCAGAGAAAUCAGUCCUUUUAUGGAAGCAUAUGGGCCUUCUUGUCUACUGAUUAACUAGGAUGAAACUGCUCUUGGCUUUUCAACAAAAUCAAGACUGCCUACAAGUGUGCUGGUGCCUCUCCAGUCUCCACCAAGGAGCACAUUCUCCUCGGGACAGCCCGCUGGAGGAUUCUGACCUGAAGGACACGUAUCUCAUCCCGAGAAACAUCAUGGCUGAGCCAGACUAUAUAGACGAUGACAAUCCUGAACUAAUUAGGCCUCAGAAACUAGUCAAUCCUGUCAAAACAUCCCGGAACCAUCAAGACCUUCACAGAGAACUUCUUAUGAAUCAAAAAAGGGGACUUGCCCCUCAGAAUAAGCCAGAGCUGCAGAAAGUGAUGGAAAAGAGAAAACGGGAUCAAGUAAUAAAGCAGAAGGAAGAGGAGGCACAAAAGAAGAAAUCUGACUUGGAAAUAGAACUAUUAAAACGGCAGCAGAAGUUGGAGCAGCUUGAACUUGAGAAGCAGAAAUUGCGAGAAGAGCAAGAAAAUGCCCCAGAGUUUGUGAAGGUUAAAGGCAAUCUCAGAAGAACAGGCCAAGAAGUGGCGCAAGCCCAGGAGUCGUAGGUCCAGGCUGCAGAGACCGCGCACCAGCCCAGCGCACACAAAAAGUGUGUGCAGGGGCCUCCCCAGUACUUAACCUCAGGGCCAAAGCCCCUGGAGAGAAUCCCAGCCAGCAGAGAACUGUUACUUUGAAAAGAGUUUGGUUUUGGUUUUCCUACCAUCCGGGUUGGAUCGGUUACACCUGUGACUGUUGCAGUUCCUAUUCGCCAAAUGAAGGACGUUGCCCAGCACUUAAGUUGGGAUAAUGGACCUGUGUGUUCAAAGACUUAAAAAAUAACAACAACAAGAAAAAAAGGAAGAGGACACUGGCAUAAAUUCCUGAGAGUUGCACUACUUGGUUUUUCUUUCAAGCCAAGUUUAGUGGGGCACAGAGCCUUUUUUCUUUUCAAAUGUAAAGAAAAUGUGUUUCGUUCUUCCUUUAGUUACCCAUUCAGUAAUUUAGAUCGCGCAGAAAUGCGUUUGAUCUGUUAUAUCCACUGUUUGUAAAUUCUGUUUUCUUGUCUAUUUACACUUUCACCCACGUUAGGCUUAACACCAGAGAAUGUUAAUAUUCAUGUUGAACACAGUUCUUACCUUUGUCGGCAUUAAGAUUCAGAAAUAGAGUGAGGAACUUUAAAAAUAUGGGAACAAAGAGAUACAUAAACAAGACUACGUAAACGUCUGUCUUGAUCUUAUUUCCGUUCCUGUUGGUUCCCUGAUGCUUCACGGUGACCUUCUACUUCAGGGAAGGUCCAUCAUAUAAAUCCAUGUCUUGCUUUGAUAACUGUUAGGGGGUUGGUUUUGUUUUAUUUUGUUGUUAAGUUUCUUGCUCAGCCACGCCUUUUAUGUGAAAUAAUCUCCCACUCCUUCGAGGAAUAAAAACUAGUCCGUAUAACCCAACCUCAGUGUCAAAAGUAGAGGGUCCAAAUCUUUUGGUUUCUCCUGAGAGCAGUGUGGGGAAAGCUCCCAUGUGGAGCUGUGAAGGAAGAGUUCUCUGGGUAUUUUAAUGUGAAUCAAAUGUAGAUUGGUCUCAAGGAGGCCCAUUUGGAAGAUAUAUAGCAUUUAUACAUUUUUAAUAUUAUUUGAAGCCAACCUUUGAAAUUUUCUGAUUAAUGGUCACCUAGCUCUUUGCCCUUUUUUCUUGUGAAGAAAGGCUAGUUCACCACUACCUUAGUGAUGGUGAUGCGUUCGUAAGGAUGAUGUUGUGACUACUGUUGAUCUCUCAGGAACAGCUGAGGGGAAGGGGAGGCUGCUUGGUUGGUGCUCUCCAGCUGGCAUGCUGUACUCCACGUGUGAGCCCUGCGUUACCAACUACAGCCAGAUUCUUAACGCAAAAUCCCUUUUCUAUUGCCGGGAUGGGCAGGGGGACGUUCUGCUUGGGGUGGUCUAGAAGAAUUUGUGUGGAUUCAGUAUGUUCUUUGUAGAAACGGUUCAGCCGGUAAUUCCUACAUUGAAGGCUCUUCUUUUUUUCUUUUUUUUUUUUUGCGGUACGCGGGCCUCUCACUGUUGUGGCCUCUCCCGUUGUGGAGCACAGGCUCCGGACGCGCAGGCUCAGCGGCCAUGGCUCAUGGGCCCAGCCGCUCCGCGGCAUGUGGGAUCUUCCCGGACCGGGGCACGAACCCGCGUCCCCUGCAUCGGCAGGCGGACUCUCAACCACUACGCCACCAGGGAAGCCCCGAAGGCUCUUCUUAUAAUUUCUUUCAAGAGUCAUAGAAAGCUGGAUCCUGAGCUUUUGAAUCCUCAACAAGCCUAAGUAGAAAGUAGCUUUCUAUGGGAAUUCUGUAGUUUUCAUGGUUGGUGAUUAGGCUCCUGUUCACCCCUAAUGUGGACAGGACAAAAGUAAAUGCAUAGAUAAUAUACUGCUAGUCAUAGAACAUGUUGAUUACACCUGAAACGGAUUAUUUCUCUCAUCAGCAAGUAUUAUUUGAAUAAAAUAUGAGGUGCUUAAGGUACAAUGUUGCUCUAUCAUAAUUUACUUUUGAAGGAUGGAAUGGUAACUAUUUUUUUCCAUCCUUCUUCCUUUUCAGAGAGGAAAGAGCAUUAACUGAUCAUCUUGAAAGUACGUUUCCGAUUGUACGUUGACUACAGUUCUGCCCCUGUGCAUGUGGACUAGUGAUGCAAUUUGUAAAAUGAAGAUUCAGGAGUAGCUCAUAGCCUUGAAUCCAACCGGAUAUGUAAGAUCUUUAGAUUCUGUAUCCUUGAAGCAAUUCUGCCACUUGAUAAAAUUCUCAAGGGCCCUAACAGGCUCCCUUAGAAAGACCAAUUCUGUUCCUAGAAUUUACCUAGAAUGCAUUCUCCACUGGGAAAAAAUAAAUUCCAAGAGUGUUUCCCUCCCAGUCUCACUCACAAAUCUGCAAAAUUAUUAGUGGUUAGCAGUCCAAGGUUUGGCCAAAAGAAGACUUGUAAAUAGUGUCAAGCGAUGUCUCCUCACUAGACAGUGGAAUGUCCAGAUAGAAAAGCUCUUUGAAAUUGCCAGGCCAGCUCAGCUUAUAAGCCUGAGUUUAAAAAGGCAUCAUUCUCCCUCCACACUUUCAUACUGUACAGUCCAGACCCCUAGGACUCAUGAACAUCCAAGCAGUUUUGUGCUUUGAGCCAAUUUUUGAGAAAAAUGGCUCUGUUUUUCCACUCUGCGGUUUUCUUAAAAUAGCUCCGUGUUUUCUAGUCUCCGAGUAGCGUUGCUUUCUAAGCUAUCACAGUUGACUUUAUUCUUCUACUCUGAAAAAUUCUGACUUGUUUGAGUGUAUAUAAUAUAUAUAAAGGGAGCCUUAAUGGAUUUGUUUUCAUAAUUUAAUAUUUUUUGUAUUUGCUCUUGUAUAAUUGUUUUUAAUGGAAAGUAUUAUAGAAUUGAGGGUGGAAUUCUUAGAACCAAAGUUAUUCUUAAUAAAAAUCACCACACGCUUGGACCAUG